AUGUUCACUGAAGAGUAUGAAUCUAUGACACCCCAUAGGGAUUCCAGACUCAGAAGCAUCUCCGUUCUGGGUGCUUCCGUCCACCCUCAGACUCCUCCGGCUCUUCCGGCUCGUCCGGCUCCUCAUCCUAAUCUGGCAGUGGUUACUCCAUUCCAAAGACUCAGAAUCACAAGGUGUAGCUCCAUUCCUCUUCCGGCGGCUUCUGUCCACCCUCCGGCACCUCCGGUUCCUCCGGCUCCUCUAGCUCCUGCUCCGGCUGCUUUUGUCUAUCCUCAGGCUUCUCUGUCUCCUGCUCCGGCACCUCCGCCUCCUCCGGCUCCGGCGGCUAUUGGGAAUGGCGGUCGUCGGGUAAUUAUCAACAUCUCCAUACCGAAGGACGACCUUUUUGUCAGGGUGACGUUCUACCUUGGUUUGACAGUUACUUUUGUUGGGUCUGUCUAUUCGGUGUUUAUUUUGUCACGCCAAGCUAAUAUGAGUAGGAUAACUGCGGAGAGGGCCGCCUACGAGCAUAGGCAGUGGAUCGAACCCCUGCCUGUGCUGCUGGAGCCGGUUCCCUCUCCUUUCUUCUGUUGGGCAUCAUUUGCAUUUCCAUCUGGUCUCCAUGAUUUCCCAUCUGGUCUCCCUAAUUUCCCAUCAGGUCAUCCACUCCCUGAUUUUGAUGUCGCUGGUUUUGACCCUUGA